AUGCCGCUCACCUCUCCCCCAACCUCGCGAUACCCGGCGGGCGUCAACCGGUUCGAAUGUCGUACCUGUCCGUACCAGUAUGCCCUUGACAGAACGUAUUUUGAGCGCAAAGAGAUGAAACGCAAGGAAGUGGCCGAUGUGCUGGGUGGGAAAGACGAGUGGAAGAACGCAGAGAGCAUGCCUGCCCAAUGCCCCGCUGAAGGUUGCGAAGGAGAUCGUGCGUUCUUUUUCCAGCUGCAGAUCCGAAGUGCAGACGAGCCUAUGACGACCUUUUACAAGUGUUCUGCCUGUGACGCUCGAUGGCGAGAGAACUAG